CCUGCUCCGCUCUCAUCGCCUGCGCGUCCUACGCCUCAACCACGCGAUUCUCAGUCUUCUCUACCUCCAUCGUCUCCCCCAGCCCCAUUUUCUGACACGGACGAUAGCCUAGAUGACAGAGACGCCGUUAGAGAUGCCGAAGACCAAGAGGAGGACGAUGGAGAAGACCUGUUUGGAGAGAAUCUUGAGGUAGAUUACGCUCCGAACGAACUCCUCGAUAGGUAUUCUGACGCCGGCCUAGAUGACGAUGAAGAGGUGGCGGAACUCUCGGCGGCAGACAGAAGAGCAGCUGAGUUAAAAAUGGCGCGUCGUGACAAACUUGAACGUGCUGGAAAACGUGGUUCACGCGCCGCUCAUCGUAGUCGUGCCCCUGCCUUCCUUGGUAGUGAUGAUAUGGAUGAUGAUGGGGAUGUUGAUGAUGAGUUGGGUCUUUCUCGCUUCAAGACUCGAACACGGAGACAAUAUGAUGAGCGACGAGAUCGUGAUGAUCUCGAAGGAGUAGAGGAUGAAUUGCCUCUUGAGCAACUGGGCGACAUCAAAGCCAAAUCUAUCGUUGAAUGGAUUGCAAACGACCGUGUCCGUCGAACAAUUGCAUGGCAUUUCCGUAACUUCUUGAUGAUCCACGUCGACGAACAUGGCUCAUCUGUGUAUGGUGAACGUAUUCGCCAUCUGGGAGAAACGAACGCCGAAUCCCUAGAAGUCUCAUAUCAACAUCUCAUAGACACCAAAGCUAUUUUGGCCUACUUCUUGUCCAACAGCCCUACCGCAAUGCUUGAAAUUUUUGAUGAGGUCGCUCUCAAUGCCAUCCUUGUCUACUACCCUUCUUACAAACGUAUCCAUUCCGAAGUACACGUUCGAAUAUCCGAUUUACCCACCACCUCCUCCUUGCGAGAUCUGCGUCGAGCAGAUCUCAACAACCUCGUUCGGGUGACUGGUGUUGUUACGCGGCGAACGGGUGUCUUCCCCCAACUGAAAUAUGUUAAAUUUGAUUGCAAGAAGUGCGGAGCAGUUCUUGGCCCCUUCUAUCAAGAUGCCACGAAGGAAGUCAAAAUCAGCUAUUGCGCUAAUUGCGAAAGCAAGGGCCCUUUCCCAGUAAAUUCGGAACAGACGGUAUACAGGAAUUUCCAAAAGAUGACAUUGCAAGAGUCUCCUGGAUCAGUUCCUGCGGGUCGUUUGCCCAGACAUCGGGAAGUCAUCCUGCUUUGGGAUCUGAUUGAUAGUGCGAAGCCAGGCGAAGAAGUGGAAGUAACUGGCGUCUACCGCAACAAUUUCGAUGCCUCUCUCAAUGCCAAGAACGGCUUUCCCGUUUUCUCGACCAUCAUCGAAGCAAAUCAUAUCAACAAGAAGGAAGACCUCUUUGCGGCCUUCCGGUUGACCGAAGACGACGAAAAGGAAAUGCGUAAUCUCGCCCGUGACGAUCGUAUUCGAAAAAGGAUCAUCAAAUCCAUCGCCCCAUCCAUCUACGGCCACGAAGAUAUCAAGACCGCCAUUGCCCUUUCACUCUUUGGUGGAGUGUCCAAGGACAUCAAUCACAAGCAUCGCAUUCGUGGAGAUAUCAACGUCCUUCUUCUAGGAGACCCUGGAACAGCCAAAUCUCAAUUUCUCAAAUAUGUUGAAAAGACUGCUCACAGAUCGGUCUUCGCAACUGGGCAAGGUGCAUCAGCGGUCGGUCUCACUGCCAGCGUCCGCAAGGAUCCCAUCACGCGAGAGUGGACGCUAGAGGGUGGCGCACUAGUUCUCGCAGAUAAAGGCACCUGCCUUAUCGACGAAUUCGACAAGAUGAACGACGCUGACCGAACAUCUAUCCACGAGGCCAUGGAACAACAAUCGAUCUCCAUCUCAAAAGCCGGCAUCGUCACUACUCUCCAAGCGCGGUGUGCGAUUAUCGCUGCUGCCAAUCCCAUUCGUGGCCGAUAUAACCCCCUGAUACCCUUCUCGCAGAACGUGGAACUAACGGAACCAAUUUUGUCUCGUUUUGAUGUUCUUUGCGUCGUGAAAGACAAUGUGGACCCGGUUAUGGAUGAAUUACUGGCUAGAUUCGUUGUGGGCAGUCAUUUACGGAGUCACCCCAAAUUUGAGGCGGAAACUGAUGAGAUGGAUGUCGGGACGACGUUAGACGCUGAUAUUAUACCGCAAGAUGUAUUGCGCAAGUACAUCAUGUACGCCAGGGAAAAGAUCCGGCCCAAGCUGUUUGACCUCGAUCAAGAAAAGCUAGCGCGGCUCUUUGCUGACCUACGUCGCGAGUCGAUGGCGACUGGGUCGUAUCCUAUUACCGUUCGACACUUGGAGAGCAUGAUUCGCAUGGCUGAAGCCAGCGCGAAGAUGGCGUUGCGCGAGUAUGUUCGCGCUGAUGACAUUGACCUUGCCAUUGAGGUCGCGGUUGGAAGCUUUGUCAGUGCACAAAAGAGUAGCAUUAAGAAGACUUUGCAAAGGGGAUUCCGGAAAUACCUUACGCAAUCUAAAGACCACGAAGAACUACUAGCAUUCUUGCUUGGUGGGAUGGUGAAAGAUCAAGCACGGCUCUAUCAGUUGCGGCGUCAUGAACAGCCGGAGAAAGUCACGAUUAAGGUUUCUGAGCUGGAAGAAAGAGCAAAGGGACACGACAUCUUUGACAUUACGCCCUUCCUCCGCUCUAAGCUGUUUACCACCAAUGGGUAC